AUUAUAGAUUUGAUUGACAGCGAUAGUUCCAUAGAUGAACCAGAGGAUGUGGAAGAAUUUGAAGAUGUUCCUGAAACAUUUACUGUCGAGGAUGAUAUUUUCAUAGAUGAUGUUAAAUCUACUAAAGUAGAGCAUCUCAUGCCAGAAAAUGUAGUAGAUGAGGUGAUGGGCACAUUACAUUUUGCGGAGCAAUUCGAAAAACGGUAUGGUCUAGCACACCCGGAAUUUUUUGCUGGUACAUUCGAAGAUGCCCUGAAGGAAUCGUGUCUGAAACCAGCAAAAGAGAGAAAAUUAUUAGCUGUGUAUUUGCAUCACGAUAAUAGUGUAUUAGCGAACGUUUUUUGUACUCAAUUGUUAGGCUUUGAAACUGUGCUUCAACUUCUCUCGGCAAAUUUUAUAGUGUGGGGUUGGGAUAUCACAUAUGAAUCUAAUAAAGAGAGGUUUCUAUAUUCCGUAACUCAAACCCUUGGUACUGUUGGUUCAUUGGCUGUGUCAAGCAUAGAUGUUGAUACCUUGCCAGUUUUAAUGAUUAUUAUGAGAUCUAGAUCUAAUACAGAGAUAUUUACUAUCGUACACGGCAAUGUGGGAGUUAAUGAGUUACUAACAAACUUGGUACAAGCCGUCGAUAUAUUUCAAGAACAAAGACGAGCUGAUAUUGGCGUUGAAGAAGAACGGCAGGCUAGAGAAAGAGUUAAGCAAGAACAAGACAGGGCAUAUCAAGAAAGUUUGGCAGCUGAUAGAGCAAAAGAAGAAGCGAAACAGAUGCAAGAAGAACUUGAGAAGAAAAAGAAAGAACAAGCCGAAAACGAAAGGCUAGCAGAAGAAGCGAGGAAAGAAGCUCACAGACAAGCUGUAGAGUCCAGUUUACCACCUGAACCGCAACAGGGAGCCGGCGAUGGUGUAAUGAAAGUAAGAGUACGACUUCCAGCUGGGAAAUUCCUGGAACGUAAAUUUCAAUCGGACACGCCGUUACAAACUCUCUUUAAUUUUCUUAUUGUGGAGGGUUAUCCUACAGAAGAAUAUAAACUCCUGUCUAGUUGGCCUCGAAGGGAUUUAACAUCGAUGGACUCAAAACUCACCUUGAUGGAACUAAAAUUCUGUCCACAGGAAACAGUAAUUUUAGAAGAACGAUAAAUAAGUUAUAAUUAAAUUUAAAUAUAGAAAUUAAGUGUCGCAAAUAUUCUACAAAAAUGUAUUUAUUUAACAAUUUCGAGAUAGAAACAGCAAAUUAUAGACUCCUGUUUAUCUUGCAGAUAUGUAUACAUUUUUACGCUAAACUUUUCCCGUACGAUGGAGUCAUAUAUGACAAAUGUAAUGUUAUUUCAUAAAAAAAAAGAGUUUUUUCCAUUCAUACAUAUAUUAUAUACUUUAAAUUCCCAGGAAUAAAUUGAAUUCUGAUCAAUUUUAAAAAAGAUUGUGUCUUUUUUGUUAUAUACGCAUCGCAAUUAGCCUAUGUAAAUAACGGAUAAAUACAUUAGAAUUUAUAUUGGGAUAUACUAGGGAUAUACUAUAUAUGUAUGUGUGUGUAUGUAUGUGUGCGCGUGUGUGUAACGAAAAAGAAAACAGAAAUUGUUACUUUGUGGCUCUAGUUUGUUUUUAUUCGCAUCAUAAAUAUAAGGACGCCGCAAACACA